AUGUGCAAAGACUCUGUCGUUACCACAAGAGUUUUAGGCGUUGUUCAGCGAGUGAAGCUGCGUGCGAAAAAGUUGUGCGGCAUGACAAAGGACAAUCUGUCGCCAAUAUUUUGUGAACUGUUGUAUUUGAUCGACGACAAUGACCGAUUUCACUGGAUCGAAUUUGCCAGGUAAGC